UUUCAAACAUGGCUGCCUCUAUUUUGUUCCAAGCGAAAAAGUGUUGCACAGCCAUUUCAGCUCUCGCUGUGGCUAGACGGCAGUACAGUUCCAGUUCUUCUUCUUAUCUCAACAAGCUCCUCAUUCAGUUAAAUAAGCGCUUUGUUGAGGUUGAAUACGUCAUAAGAUGGAGCAACUGGUUUAGAAAUAGGGCAGUGAGGAGUAAAAAUAAGUUUUAUGAUUACACACAGAAGAAGUUUGGGGCCAACAUAGCAUCAGGCUACUCCGUUUUAAAACUGGGUGGAGGCUUUAGGUUUGCCGGCCAGACUGAAUGGUUCCGAGCUGAUUCCAAGGGGAACUUUAGCGUUGACUUUGUAAACACCCCAAAUUCGACCAUUGAAGAGAUUGACCUGAGCCACACUCUCAUAAACCGUGCUGGACUGGACAACCUUGUCAGUCAGAAGGGGCUGCGUUCCCUCUCGCUGCAGGGUUGUCCGGAGGUUGACGACUGGUUCCUUGCUCGCUUGCAUGUGUUUGGUGAGAGCCUGCAGGAGUUAAACAUAUCCCACUGCGCCGGUAUCACUGUGGGAGGCUUAGUCGCACUGCAGCACCUCAGGCAUUUGCAGAGGCUGGACAUGUCCUCACUUCCACGACUGCAGAACCCAGGACUGGUGCGCAUCCUCGUGGAGGAGAUGCUGCCUCGUUGCAAAGUCACUGGAGCCGAAUACGAUCAGGGACUUCUGAUCCAAACGAACAGUCAGGAACAAACGGAGACGGACCUGCUGAGUCGUGCACAGACAUAGUAACAGAACCAUGGACAACUAAUGAACCAGAGCUUUGUGAUACUUUUAGGUAGUUUGAGUAUGUAUGUAUUGUAUUUAUCCUGUUCUGUGAUCUCAGGAAUAUCCAAUAGGUGUCACAUGUUUUUGUGCAUUUUAUAUAGCACAUAUUAAAAAGACAUGCAUAUAAGGAGUAAGAAAUCGCAUCCACAUGCAUUUGCAUUGUUUUAAGAAAACAGAGUAGCUUAUUUUAAGUUAUGCCGUGUAUACCAGUGGUAUGUUUGGUGCAGACACGAAAAUAAUCAUGCAGCUAUUACAGAUUCCAGCAAAUAUUACAUUAAAAUCUGACUCCCUUAGCCAGGAAGCUCAUUGGAUCUUCCAGCAGGACAAGGAUUUACUGAGCACAGUAUCAGUAUUUUGCCAUGGACUUCAUAGAACCUCAUAGAAAACCUGAAGUCUGAGCUGAAGAGGAGUAUCCACAAGCGAAUCUCAUGGACCUGAAGGAAUCUGAAUAAUGUGGAGAGAUUCUAUAUCGAGGAAUGGUUUUAGAUCCCCUGCCAUUUGUUCUCCAGUCAUUAUGCACACGGGGGAUACAAAAAAGUAAAUAAAGUGAAGCCAACAA